GGGGGCGGGGCCGGGCCUCGUGCGCGGCCCCGAGGCUGGGGUCAGACACGUCUCUCUCCGGCGGGAGGCCGGGGGCUCUACUAGCCGUGGCAGCAUGCUUGUCCUAUUUCCAAUGAAGAAUUGCUUCAAGUUACUUUCUAACCACAAAGUCCCAACAGCUGGCUUUAAAAACACAGUAAAAAAUGGGCUAAUUUUACAGUCAGUUUCCAAUGAUGUUUAUCAAAAUCUGGCUGUAGAAGACUGGAUCCAUGACCAUAUGAAUCUAGAAGGCAAGCCAAUUCUUUUCUUUUGGAGAAAUUCUCCCUCUGUUGUAAUUGGUAGGCAUCAGAAUCCUUGGCAGGAAUGUAACCUGAAUCUGAUGCGAGAAGAAGGAAUAAAACUGGCUCGGAGAAGGAGUGGAGGAGGAACCGUCUACCAUGAUAUGGGUAAUAUCAAUUUGACUUUCUUUACAACCAAAAAGAAGUAUGAUAGAAUGGAAAAUAUGAAAUUAGUUGUGAGAGCUCUGAAUGCUGUCCAACCCCAGCUGGAUGUACGGGCUACCAAAAGAUUUGACCUUUUACUUGAUGGACAGUUUAAAAUCUCAGGAACAGCUUCUAAGAUCGGCCGGACUACUGCUUAUCACCACUGCACUUUAUUAUGUAGUACUGAUGGGACCUUCUUGUCUUCUUUACUGAAGAGCCCCUACCAAGGGAUCAAGAGCAAUGCCACUGCUAGCAUACCUUCUGUAGUUAAAAAUCUUUUGGAAAAAGACCCGACUCUGACCUGUGAAGUACUGGUGAAUGCUAUUGCUGCAGAGUAUGCUGCUUAUCAUCAAAUUGAUAAUCACAUUAACCUAAUAAACCCAACUGAUGAGACAUUGUUUCCUGGAAUAAAUAGCAAAGCCAAAGAACUGCAAACUUGGGAGUGGAUAUAUGGCAAAACGCCAAAGUUUAGUAUAAACACUUCCUUUAAUAUAUUAUAUGAACAGUCACACUUGGAAAUUAAAGUAUUCAUCGAUAUAAAGAAUGGAAGAAUUGAAAUCUGUAAUAUUGAAGCACCUAAUCAUUGGUUGCCACUGGAAAUAUGCAACAAAUUAAAUUCAAGUUUUAUUGGCAGUAAGUUUUGCCCAAUUGAAACUAACAUGCUAACAAGUAUAUUAUUGAGAACAUGUCCUGAAGACCGUAAACUAUACAGUAAGUGGAAUAUACUCUGUGAAAAUAUUAAGGGAAUAAUGUGAUUCCAAGUAAAUUUCAUUAUGCUGACAAUUUCAGUGCAAAAAUAAAAUUUUGAAAUGCA